CCCAUCAACUACUACCAUCCAAUCUCCAUCCAUGGCUCCCAUCAGAUUCCGCCAUGACCCAAGUUGGUCUUAUCAACAAGGAAUGUCCGGCUCCAUGCUCAAAGCUUUCCUCCGCACCUUUACAGCUUUGCACAUGAAAUGGCCCCUAUCGCUCAAACCCCACCAUGAGUCAGAGAGGUUUGUGUUGAUCAAUCCCACCCACCCCGAGUACUACACUGGGGUGAUGGAGGAUCCAGUCAUCCAGCCCGAGACCAUCGGGGCCACCUGGUAUCCCGAACCCUAUUCACCCGACUUACCGCUCCCAGAAGGACAGCAUGUCAUUCUGCAUCUGCAUGGGGGAUCAUACAUUCUUGGGGACGGCCGAACGUCAUCCUGUAACUUCCUCGCGAGGACCCUCCUCGAACACACCCCAUCAAGCUUCAUGCUCUGUCCGCAGUAUCGGUUAGCGUGUAACCAAAAUGGCCGUUUCCCGGCUCAAUUGCAGGAUGCCCUCGCGGCAUAUGUUUACCUAAUCCACACCCUCAAGAUCCCACCAUCUCGUAUCGUGCUCAGUGGAGACAGCUCGGGUGGGCAUCUCGUUUUGGCGCUUCUGCGCUACAUUGUCGAAUACAACCGCCCAGAACGGCUGCCCGCGCCCAAAUGCAGCUGGGCCUGGUCCCCGUGGUGCGAUGUCCCCGCCGCGGUUGACCCGAGUGCUUGGACACACAGCACCAACUACAAGACGGAGUAUAUUCCAGGAUCCUUCCCAGCCUGGGGAGCGAGGCAGUUUCUAGGCGAUGCGGCCAUCACGGAUCAAGUGAAGCCGUAUGUGGCUCCGAUCUGGCAUCCAUUUGUCGUUCCCUCACCCGUGCUGAUUAUGACUGGUGGGCGGGAGGUCCUCUGCCAGGAUCAUGAGAAGCUGGCGCAAGAGUUCCAGAAGCUUGAGGGGAACCAGUCUAAAGUCGAGCUGUUUAUGGAGGAAAAAGUGCCCCACGAUGUGCUGAUGAUCGGGUGGAUCAUGGGGUUCAAGGACGAGGCGCGUCACUGUGCCAUCGGGGCUGGGGAGUUUCUGCAACGGAUGGAUGCAACCCCUCGAGCGAGUGGGAUGGAUGCUACAGCUUAAGCUGAUUGGGGUGUAUAUCUGCUGUAUAGUGGCAUAGCGAUAAAGGAUGUAUUUCUCGAGUGCAUAUAGUGACCUGCAGUCGUGUCGUCUUGUAUCAAUUUUCCUUAUCACAUUUCGGUAUUUGUCAGCUGGGCGAGUUCAGAAGUUUGCACAGGA